AAUAAUAAAAAUUUUAAAAAUUAAAAUAAUGUCAAAAAAGCAGGCACUUUGAAAAAAAAUUUUUAAUGCUUAUUUUUGAGAGGGAGAGACAGGGACACAGAAUCUGAAGCAGGCUGCAGGCUCCAAGCUGUCAGCACAGAGCCCAACACAGGGCUGGAACCCAUGAACUGCGAGAUCAUGACGCAAGCCGAAGUUGGAUGCUCAACAGUCUGAGCCACCCAGGCGCCCCUGAAGCAGGCACUUUUCUAAUUAAGUUUUAUUUUUUUUAAUCCCAGUAUCGUCAAUAUACACUGUUAUAUUAGUUUCAGGUAUAUAAUACAGUGAUUCAACACUGCUGUACAUCACUGAGCGCUCGUCAUGCGUAACUAAGAAGAAAUAACACUACUGUAAUCCUGGGCUGUUUGCUGGAGCGCCACCACCAACGGAUGAAAGGCUCAAGAUUGGUUGGCGAUGGCACUGACCCUACCAAAAGGUCGGGACACGCCGUUACAGUUCCUGACAAAUAACUCGAUGGCUUCAAGGCAGAGUCUCGGGUCCGUCGAGUUGCAACCUCACCGCUUUAAAGCCACAAGCUACAGGCGUGCAAAAUACCAUAUUAAACAACUGCACGAAAGGAGGCCCACGUCUGGGGGCGGUGUGCAGGGGUGAGGCGGGACACAUGCCAGCCACUCAUCAAAGGCUGGGGACCGAGGCGCACGCCUGGCCUUCUGCGGACCGCGGCUGAGCCUGCAAACAAAUCCGGCGUGCAGCUCCUCUGGAUUCCACAGCACCGGAAACGGCAACGCCCACUGGGGGCGCUGCGGACCACGAGUGGAGGCUGCCUUCCAGGAAGCCAAAAAAAAAAAAAAAAAAAAAACCACACACAACGGGGGUGGGGGGGUGAAGAAAGAAAGAGAAAAAGGAGGGAUAGUGGAGAGCCGGGCCCCGGCCGCCGCCCCCACGCCGCGCCCCGCCUCUUCGCCGCCAGGGCCGCCGCCGCUGCCCACGGCCGCUCCCCGGCGGUCCAGCCGUCAGACCCCUCUGCUGACCCGGCGCUGCCCGCCGCCGGGGACCUCAGGGAUCAUGGCCCAGGUGGCGGUGUCUGCCCUGCCCAUGGAGAACGAGGAGGCCUCAGAGAGCAGGAUGGUGGUGACGUUCCUCGUGUCCGCUCUGGAGUCCAUGUGUAAAGAGCUGGCCAAGUCCAAGGCAGAAGUGGCCUGCAUCGCAAUGUAUGAGACAGACGUGUUUGUUGUUGGAACCGAGAAAGGACGUGCUUUUGUCAACGCCAGGACGGAUUUACAGAAGGAUUUUGCAAACUACUGCAUUGCCGAAGGGGUGCGUGAGGCCAGAUCCCCAUGUCCUGCGAACGGGAUGCAGAUCGAUUCAGGAGAAACAGAAAUACUCAGAAAAGCAGUUGAGGACUAUUUCUGCUUUUGUUACGGCAAAGCCUUGGGGACCACAGCGAUGGUGCCUGUUCCGUACGAGAAGAUUCUGAGGGACCCAGCGGCCGUGGUUGUGCAGGGGCUUCCAGAAGGAGUGGCCUUUCAGCACCCCGAGAACUAUGGUCUCACCACCCUGAAAUGGAUUUUGGAGAACAAAGCGGGGAUUUCAUUCAUCAUCAACAGACCUUUCGUAGGUCCAGCGAAUCAGCUCGGUGGGUCUUUGGUGGUCACGGAUGCGAAGAGAUCGGUGACGUCACCAAGUGAAAGCUGUGGCCCCAUCAGUGUGAAAACUGAACCCAUGGAAGAUUCAGGCUCGGCACCGAGAGCGACGGCUGUGUCAGUCAAGAAGGAGUCAGAAGAUCCUAAUUACUAUCCGUCUAAUAUGCAAGACAGCCAUCAUCCUUCUGGGAGCAGUGACGUAAUAGACAUGGAAUUAUCCAUGGAAGAAGCGUGUGAGGACCCCGAAGCCGAGGUGAAAAUUGAAGGAAGGACAACUGCCUCGGGUAUUACACGUUCCGCGGUGGGUGUUGAAGAUCUUAACAUCGUUCAGGUGACAAUUCCAGAUAACGAGAAGGACCAAUUAUCCAGCAUUGAAAAGAUAAAACAACUAAGAGAACAAGUCAAUGACCUCUUUAGUCGAAAAUUUGGGGAAGCAAUCGGGGUAGAUUUCCCCGUGAAAGUUCCCUACAGGAAAAUCACGUUCAACCCCGGCUGUGUGGUCAUCGACGGCAUGCCCCCGGGGGUGGUCUUCAAAGCCCCCGGUUACCUGGAAAUCAGCUCCAUGAGAAGGAUCUUGGAUGCUGCGGAAUUUAUCAAAUUCACAGUCAUCAGGUGAGUGAGAGCUCCCAGCUUGGCCACGAGAACCAACGUGCGGCUCGCCGUGUGCACAAGGUGGGCCUUUUUUUUUUUUUUACCCCAGGAGGUGGGCGGUGGGUCCCUGAAGCCAAGCUUCUGUGCCAAGCCGCCUCCCCCACUGAGUUUACCGUACUCUGCUCCUGGGAGCCGUGUGUCCAUGUCCCUGGUGACGGCGGCGGCCUCCCCACUGCACCUAGCGUAGUGUUGACGCUCGCCGAAGCCCGUCAACCAGAACUGACCGGGCAAGAGGGGCCAGAUGACCUCUGUUGCAUUCACCGUGUCUCUUUCUCUUCAGACCGCUUCCGGGCCUCGAGCUUAGCAACGGUGAGUAUCCCGGAUGGCGAGCAGGGCGUUCCGGCACCCAGCGUGCGGUGCGACGCAUCUCGGUGGGCACUCCUUGCUUCUUGAGCCUUGAGCCUUAGAGCAAAGCAUGGUGCUCUCUAGAUGCAGUUUCUUUUUUCCCCGCUGGCGAUCAGGUCCUUUAAUUCUGCUGCUCAGCCAGGCAUUUCUUCUCCCGCAAUGGUUUGGUGCGGCUCACUGGUGCGCCCUCAUCCGGGAGCCCUCCAGGGGCUGGUAGGUUGAUGCUGAACUAGCCCAUCCUAGCCGGUAAAUAGGGCCUGCCCGGCCACCACAGCUCCACCCGUCCCGUGAUCCCCCACCCAGAUCUCCCCACAGUUCAGACCCGAAAGGGGUACCGCCUGGCACAGACAGGGGCUCCCAGGGCCCCCUCAAUCUGUUCUGACAGAGCAAUGCCCCAGCCACCGUGCGUGGCAGAUAUCUCCCCUGGAGUCCUUGCACGCAAGUUAACACCCUGGAGGGUGAGUAAAGCAGGUGGAGAGCUGUUCGCAAGAGUGCGAGUCACGAGGGAACCUCCUCGUUUACGGUUUGAAAACAACGAAAACACUCUUGACAAACGCCCGACUGUUAUUCCUAAACUCACCUUGUUGCCAAAUGAAUUUUUUUUUUUUUUUUUGGUACGUUUUUGGUAGCUUUACUGGGGCAUGGUUUACGUGCCGUAAGACUCGCUUGUGUGCAGUGUGCACACGUCAGUGAUUCUUGGUAAAUUUACAGAGUUGUGCAACCGUCACCACAAUCUAACAUUAGGACAUUCCUGUCACCCCCAAAACAUUCCUUCUACCCAUGUCCCGUCGUUUCCCGUUCCCGCCCCCAGCCCCAGGCAACCACCGAAUUGACUUUCUUUCUGUCUCUGCCUUCAUUUUCUUAAAGUGAAUUUUUAGGCCUGUGUUUUCUCCCAAGUAGAGCUCACCUGCAUCGUGGCCAGAUUUCUUUAAAUUUCAAACAAGUAAGUUCUGUGCGGUCCUGUGGCUAUCUAUGACCAUGGUCUUUUGUGACUCACAGCAGGUAAAUCACGCGCCUUCUGUGGCCAUCCAUGUCUCUGUUAUUUCAAAGUUCUCUGGAGACCCAAAUGAAAAAAUAUGCAUUAAGAUGCAAACAUACUGCCACAUCAUUCUUGCUUAAACCAGAUGUGGCAAACAUAGGUCCUUGUUGAACUUUACAAAAGAUGCCUUUCUUUUGGCUCAUGUACCUUUUUUUUAACUUUUUUUUAAAGUUUAUUUAUUUAUGAGAGACAGAGAGACAGAGGGUGAGGGGGGAGGGGCAGAGAGAGAGGGAGACACAGAAUCCGAAGCAGGCUCCAGGCUCUGAGCUGUCAGCAUAGAGCCCAACUUGGGGCUUGAACCCAUGAACCGUGAGAUCAUGACCCGAGCCGAGGUCAGACGCUUACUGCGUAAGCCACUCAGGCGCCCGUGGCUCAUGGACCUUUUAAAAAUGGGAACAUGCGGCCAACAUUGAAAAGCCAGGGACUUUUGCAGAAAAAAAAAAAAAGAAAAGGAAAAAGAAAGCCACAGACUUUUUCAUAAAAGUCUAUUUCUGGGGGUGGGGGGCACCUGGCUGGCUCAGUGGAUGGAGCACGUGACUUACUCUUGGGGUCGUGAGUUCGAGCCUCACCUGUGGUGUAGUUUACUUAGAAAUUAAAAAAAAAAAGUCAAUUUCCAAAGUUUCUUUUUUUUUUUUAAUUUUUUUUUUUUUUUAACGUUUAUUCAUUUUU